CCGCCCCGCCCCGCCCCCGGCCAUGGCGGCGGGGGCAGGGCGGCGAGCUGACAGACAGCUGGGCUUUCCUGUGUAAACAGGAGCCGGGCAGGAGCUGAGAGUGCGGGUCCGUUCCGGCCGGCAGGAGCCGCGCAGCCCCCCGCAGGAGCAGCCCUCCGCCCGCCUCGGCCAUGGGUAGCAGCCAGCCUGGGCCCCGUGCGGAGCAGCGAGGUGCAAGGCCCAGCAAUGGCACUAAAUGAGUCCUGCAUCAAAGACUCCUUCCUUUAAAUGAGAGGACCAAACAGGACGGUGUGAUGAACAUGCCACUGCAUCAGAUCUCUGUAAUUCCAGCUCGGGAUGUCACCUCUUCCAGAGUCUCUAGGAGCAAGACCAAAGAAAAAGAGAGGGAGGAACAGAAUGAGAAGGCUUUGGGACAUUCCAUGAGCCGUUCCAGUAACAUCUCAAAGGCUGGCAGUCCAACCUCCGUUUCGGCUCCUCAUAGCUUCUCUCGGACUUCUGUUACACCAUCCAAUCAGGACAUCUGCAGUUCCAGUGCAGUGUUUUCUGAAUGUUGUCAUCACAGUCCAGUGCAAUCUGCUGUUGUCUUGAAAAAUCCUCACUGCCAGAAUUCUCUGACACAAGGGGUCACAGUGACAAUACUCUGUCAGGACACAUUACAGGCAUCAAAGAGAAACUCCCAUGGGCAGGAUUGGGUCCAUGCGCUCGAGUCUGCUAAAAAUGCAAAAGCCACCCGAGCUCUUAAAUUCUCCAAGUCCCUCAACGACAUGGACCAGAAGUCACAGAGCACCAUGGAGGGCUCUAACUAUGGGGAGCGAACGUGCUCUGAAAGCAAACUGACCCCGACACAGGAGCAGUGUUUAAGGAUUAACAGAUUUAAUCAGAAAGAGAAGAAAUCGCUCAAUCUCAGGCCUUCUUUUAGCAAUUCUAAGCACUCCUACAUGCCAUCUCUUUCCACUACCUACGUGAGCGCUUCGGGAGCAGCCAAGAACCACUGUGCGGUGCAUAUACCUCUCCUGGAGGACAAGGUGGACAAUGAGACAUCAUCAAGAAGCAAAAAGCUGCUGCACUACCUCUUCUCCUUCUCCCACAGCUCAAGUGCCAGCAGCCUGCAUAAGUUCCAUGAACUAGAGAGCUAUCCGAGCCACUUCCAAACUGCAAAGUCCUCCAGCAUGCUGGUGGAAAGCCCUGGUUUCUGCUCUGAUGACAUGGGGGAUGACGACGUAUUUGAGGACAGUGCCUCCGUGAGGUUGAAAGGAAAAGAGCUGCGGGCACCACUCUGUUCAGUUGAGAAAGACAGUGACCUAGACUGCCCUUCUCCCCUGUCAGAAAAAUUCCCCCCUCUUUCCCCUCUGUCCACGUCGGGGGAUGCCUGCAGGAUAUGUCACUGUGAAGGAGAUGACGAGAGUCCCUUGAUUACCCCCUGUCACUGCACAGGAAGUCUUCAUUUUGUGCACCAAGCCUGCCUGCAGCAGUGGAUCAAGAGCUCAGACACCCGAUGUUGUGAACUCUGCAAGUAUGAGUUCAUCAUGGAGACCAAAUUAAAGCCCCUACGAAAGUGGGAGAAGUUGCAGAUGACGGCCAGUGAGAGGAGGAAGAUCAUGUGCUCUGUAACAUUCCAUAUCAUUGCCAUCACCUGCGUCGUGUGGUCUCUGUAUGUCCUUAUAGACAGGACUGCUGAAGAGAUUAAACAGGGACAGACUACUGGGAUUCUAGAGUGGCCAUUUUGGACUAAGCUGGUAGUUGUGGCUAUUGGCUUCACUGGAGGACUCCUGUUCAUGUACGUACAGUGCAAAGUAUAUGUACAGCUGUGGAAGAGACUUAAGGCUUAUAACCGAGUAAUAUAUGUACAGAACUGCCCGGAAACUAGCAAAAAGAGUAUCUUUGAAAAACCUGCAUUAAUGGAGCCAAAUGUUGAAAAUAAAGAAAUGCUUGGGAUCCACCAUUCGGAUACAAACUCUUCACAUUACAUGGAGCCUGAAGACUGUGGUGCAGAAAUCCUUCAUGUCUGAUCUUUGGGGGCUGGGGAAGGGUGGGGGCUCUGUAUGUUCCUGAAGAUCUAAAGCAUCAUUGUUUACUGCAAACUGCUCUACCUUUUUAAAAUCAGCUAACAGCCUAGCGCUGACGGAUUACAUUUUUUUAACGUUUUUUUGUCCCCCUGACAUAUCUGUCAGUAUGUUAUCAUGGUUCCAUACCUCUCGAUGUUUCAUCUCUCAGACUGGCCUGUACAAAGAGACAUGGGAGGCUUCACUGGAUGAGGCAAGGCGUCAGAGUAUGGCAAGUCCGGUGUGAACCAUCAUCAGCUUCAUGGAGUCUGCUUCUUUUUAAAAGACAGCUCGCUCUAAACUAUCCCAGAAUGCAUGUGGGGUAAUUUAAGCCUUGAUGAGAAGAUGGCUUCAGACAUUGAGGAACAGCUGAGAGAGAGGAAUGAGAGACCUAGAAACUAAUCUACCGCUAACACUGCCACUAACAUUUCUCGUAGGCAGCGGCUAUAAGAUUAUGCUUUACAUAUUGUGAUAAAGGACCCACAAAGCAUAUAGCACUUUUUAAAGUCUUUAUUUUGUAAUAUAUGUGUCCAAUGAGAAUUAAACUUGAAAGAAUGUCUUAUUUCAAAAUACCCCUUUUUAAUACUCUCUCUUGCUCCGCUUCCAUCCUAUUAGGUCCUAAACCUCUUGCCUUACAAAAAUCUAAUGUGGUUUCCAACGCAUACCCACAGCAUAACACUAAAAACUCUGCUUCUUGGGGGUUUCUCUCAGGAGCAAAUUUUUCAAAGAAUAUUGCACUUGUGACUUGUAAAUGGAGAGUAGUGGGUGUAAAAUGUUUGUUUUAAUAUGUAAUGGUUUCAGUGUUCUGUUUUGGAGGUUGUUGUUGUUUUUGUUUGUUUUAAAUCAACUACAUAGUUGACAGACCUGCAGAUAUCCCUGAUGUAACUGUCAUUCCAGGCACUGGCAAAGGGGCUUAGACACUGCAUUGGUAAAAUGUGAGCUCUUUAGAAAAGAAAAAAAAUACAGCUGAAAAUGGUUUGCCUUCUUUAAUGCUGUGUUCUGUGUGAAUCACCCAAAAAUCUGACAACACGAAGAAGGGGUGUUGAAAACAACUAAUAAGGAGUAAAUAUUGCAUAGGGUCUCCUGUCUCUCCACAGCUGAGGUUGAAACCACCUUCCUGUUUUAGACCAAAUUUUGAUAUAUUCCUUGGUCGGAGUGAUUUUGAUUUGUUUGUGUUAAACUUGUGAAUGGCUGACUGUAUGAACGGUUUGAUGGGAAGAGGAACAUGUAUGGAGUCAGGGUGAGGAGUGCUGGGUAGAGUUGUCCAAAUGUUUAAAAGUACAUGAGCUUUCUUAGGGAAUCAUUCUUUCAACUAGAGUAAGGUGAAGGUUGUCUCAAUCCCAAACCUCUUUAAACCAGACCAUAGUAUCAGCAUCAUUGAAAUGGAAAAGUCAUAAUUAAAAGGUAUUGCACAAGGUUCCUAGUUUUAAGAGCUGACUUGCUCCAUUCGGGUCCAAUCCAACUCCCAAUAAAGUCAAUGGGAAUCUUUUUAUUGACAGUAAUGGGAGUUGCACUGGGCCUCUUAGUUCAUUAGGAAAUCUGUUUACCUGUUUGACCAAAUCCCAAGGUCUUUAUCCAGGGUUUACUCAAUCCUUUCUCAGGCGGACUCCCACUGAGCAAGGGUUUGGCCCAGUGAAAAUAGUUGGACACUGGAAGGGAAGAACUGCAGAUCAGUGAAAUUUCCCUAAAAACGUGACAAUAAUUUCUGUCUUGAUCUUUUUGAUAAAAAUCUGUGGAUUUUUUUUUUUUUUUGAGGCAAAGGAGGGAGGAUGCUAAGAGGACAUCAACCAGUGGUUUCUAAAGCCUCUGUGUGUGUGUGUGUGUGUGUGUGUGUGUGUGUGCGCGCGCGCGCGUUCAUUUUUUUUUUUCCCCAAGAUUACUGGCCUUGGUCAUUGUUAAUAACAUGUACCCUGGUUUUGGGAUGCUUUAAAACAUUGCGGGCCUCUGGACAAUCUAUCAAGCUGCACUGGUAUAGACUUGUUGCUGUGGUGGGAGCCAUGACAUUCCAUGCUCAGCCAGUAUAGGCAGGCGAGAACCCUCCCUUUUACCAUCUAGGCAGUCCUCAUCUCCCCUUACAUGCAGUCUGUUGCCUAUGUCUGCUGCAUUCUAAAGUGCAAUUAUCUGGGCCCCUUUCUGAGCGCCCUUCUUCCCAGUGUCCUGGCAUUGACCAUGGUCUGUUCACUAGAACCCAGAUCAUGUGGUAUUUUUUAUGUUUGGUGAACAGGUUAAGCAAAUCAACUCAGGUGGGUUAAAUACCAGGUCUUACAUGUCUUCAUCAAAUUCUUAUUCAAUUUUCAUGCAUGCAAGGCUGCAAGGAUUAAAAAUUAACGUACAGAGUCAUCUCCAGGGUGGUGCCGUCUGCGGUUUCAUCUGACCAGGACCUUUUGAGAAACAUUACUAGAGUUAGUUUGGCAUUUUGGAAGCUUAGCUUAGCAUAAGCCAGCUGCUGUACAAUACACUGCUAAAGACUCCUGUCCCCCGCCCUACCAAUUUAUCUUGUCUUACAAAUGCAUACUCUCUAAUUCAAAUAGGCUGUAAAAGAAUUGCAUAUGAGACUGUUAGCCAUCCAGUUGGCAUCGACAGCCUUUCCCCAAUUCCUCUUUAAUAAGAAGAAUUAGGGCCUGAUAUUUCAACCCUUACCGGUGUAAAUAAUUAUCCUGUGUAGUCCCAUUCAAAUCAAUAGGACUGCUGAAGAGAGUAAGGGCUGCAGAAUCAGACCUUUACUUUGUAUCUUACUGUUUUUCACCCAUCCUGAUGUUGUUUCUCAUGUUGAUUCUUUCCGACUGAGCCCUAAACUUCAUUUUCCUUCUUUACCAUAGUGCCAUCUGGUGGUAUAAGCAAGUCUGAAUGGUGCUUUAUCACCCUUAGUAAGGAAGUUCUGUUGAUCUGUUGCAGCUGUCCCAAGGCUUUUACCCUGGUUCUAAUGAGUCCUGUCAUUCUCCCUAGAUUUGGAUCAUGAUACUGACCAUUUACCAUCAAAAUACACAUUCCAAGCUCCUCUUAUAUGACAUACUUCCAAAUGAACAGCAAAACGAUGGCAGAAUUGUCUUCUCUUUCUCUUUCUCCUGUUCAUCCCCACUGAAGUCAACGGGGUUGCAGAGGUGCAAGUGAGAGCAGAAUUUGAGUCAAAGAGGACAUAUGCUUAAUUUAACUACUUCGGCAUUAUCCAUAGACUAUUGUGUUGAUUGCUGUCUGCAUAAUAAAAACACUCUGAUCUAGUGGAAAGCCCCCCCACCUAGCUCCCUUUCCAGUGUCUUGUCAGUCCAAAGUCCUGUCCAGAAAAUGUCGGGCUACGCCAAGGAAAAUCUCCCUGCGGCAUCAUAUCCAAUACGGCGGCAGGAUCACAAACACCCGUUAGGUUAGAAUUAUAAAUGUGUAUUAGAGAAGGCUGAUCAUCUUUAAAAUAUUUUCAUGUAUUAAACCCCUAUGAAGUCUCAGGAUUCUCCUAAACUAACCCUUAAUGGGGGGAGAAAUUUAAAGGAAACAAACUGCCACCAUCACAACAUGGUGCCCUCUAUUCAGUAGAGAUGGGCCUGAGCUGCCAACUUUGGAUCUAGGCCUGGAGCCAAACAUUCCUGGAGUUCCGAUUCCGGGCUUUCCUUCCGCACAUUGUAGACACGGGGCAAUUCACAAAUAAUUUGACUGAGCCUGUAAAGGCAGUAGGCCAUGUAACACCCCCGGGGGAGCCCUGGGAUAGGAUUGUGAAGGAGAAACAACUCCUUCCUUACAUUUCCCUCCCUGCUCCCUCACUAGUUAGGCUCCUUUGACUUGGGCAUUGGCUCCACCCACUCCCCACCCUCCUGCUGUUGGGGUGGACAGUGCUGGGUGUGCAGCCCUUUCUCACAUCCUUGCUGUGAUGUGGGAAGCUCUAAACUGGCUGUGCAUGGGGGUAGAGUUUUGCUCCCUUACACGACUGCAUUGGACUGGAUCACAGUCUGCUCCAAAGUGGGCUCUGGAUCCAGAUUCUCCUGAAGUCAAGGGAUGUUGAGACCUAGUUUCCUGUUUGGGGCCGUUGUAAAGAAUGGGCCUAGCCAUGAAAGGAAGCCAUGGAUGUGAACGCUUCCCUCCUCCCCACCCCAAGUUCAGGUGUGUUUGGAACUGUGAAUCUGGUUCAGAUCCAUCUCUAGUAUUCUGAUACACUGAGGGUCAAAUACAAAAGCAAAGAUAUUGCUGGCUGAAUUUUCACAGCAUUAGCCUAGAUAUGCAAAAUAAUUUUUUUAAAGGAGAAUUUUUAUUUUGUGAUUUAUUUUUACUAUUUAGUUUGAAAUAUUGCAACAUCUGUAUAUUCCAAUGAAGAACCGAAAACUAGAAAGCACUUGUCUUUGUAUAGAAGAUAAUUGUUAAAAAUUGAAGCUGAUCUUGUAUUUAGAUAAAAUGUUUGUACAUAGGUUAUUGUAUACUGUUAAUCAACUUUACAAUGGCAUGUGUUGUAUAGUUUAUACAAGACACUUCACAAUUCUGCAGAUUUUUUUUAGUUACUUAGUAAAUUUCUAGUAACUUAAAUGUAUAGUUUUGUAUCCUUUUCUGUAUGUUCAUCUCUUUCUCAGUAUUACCACUUGCAGAAUUAUUAUUAGUUUCUUAAACUGUAAUUGGUUAUUUGUGCUGUGAUAUGCAGGGUUAUUGACUGCAGCAAUAAAGCAUUUCUAUAAAAA